CUCAGCUUAUUCCAACUAAUACAUACAUCCAACGGCUUCUUCUUCUUAUUUUUAUACCUAUACCCAUUCUGACUGUUCACUGGUAAUAGUUUGUCCGUUGGCUACCGAAGCUAUCCCGGUCGAUUACGUCCGUCUAGGUAGUCCGGUGCAAGCGUAAAUGCUACUUCUACUUCCACAUAGAUCCGCGCCAUGCCGGCCUUGGUCAGGAUAAGGCGGUUUAACUCAGGCCCCAGGGAUACUUCCAUCACUCUGUUGAACUACAUACAUAGUAAAUCGUUAUUGAGCACCCUCCAUAUCGGCGUCUUCGUGACCGCUUUCGAAGGCUUAGCGCCGUCAUUAUUACCUAUCAUCUGCAAAUAUGACGGCCGCGUCCGUACCUCGUAUACGAACUCGCAAGCCCAAAGUCCGCUCCGGCUGCGCUACGUGUAAAUCGCGAAGGAUUAAAUGCGAUGAAGGUCGGCCGACCUGUGCUCGCUGUCAGAAAACUCGGUUGCCUUGCAAAUACGACUACGACCAAAGCAGGACUCAAGACGGCUUCCUACCGGUAUCUAAUAGUAGCGACGCCGGUUCGCAGAUAGCCCCAGGGGUGCGUUCACAUGAUUUUGAAGGGCACGAGGUCUUCUACUUCGACUUAUUCCGUAACGUUGUCGUGCACAAUCUCUCUCAGAACGGGUAUAAGAAUUUCUGGACUCGGACUGUACUUCGCGAGAGCCUUAGAGAUGAAUGCGUACGGGAUUGCGUCCUGGGUAGUGGCGCAUUGUGCCGGGCAAUGAUGGACCAGAUUCAUCGCCUGAAGCAGCCGGGGGCCAAGUUCCUUUGGAUGGUCCCGACAGAUGCUAUUAAUCCUAUUAAUACUAGAUACCACAGAGACGCACUCCAGUUUUAUACCACGGCCAUCUCAAAGUUUCGAAGGCGGAUACUGCUUGAAGGCUCAUCUAUUACGCCACGAACAAUCCUGAUUAUCAGCAUUUUGUUCAUCGUGUUCGAGGCGAUGCAAGGCAACACAGAGACCAUCGACCGGCUUAUGCACUCUGCCAUACUCGCUCUGGAGAGUUCCUUGUCAGGUAGCAUGACGUUUGGUUCUCGAUUACCGCCGACUCUGGACGACGAGGGCGUCCGUGAAGCAGAUUAUUUCCUCGCGCGCCUGUCUGGGUUCAACUCUUUGCUAUCUCCGUUUUAUCCCGCCAUACUGAGAAACAAAGCAUAUCAAAGAACUUGGUUGUGCAGAGAUGCUAUUCCUAGCAGCGACCAGAGCACACAGCAGAUAGAGCACAACUUCGAAAGGCACACGACAUACAUGUUAUUCUGGUGCUUUCGCACAGUCCAGACCAAACUUUUCAAUAACCCGACGGAUUUUAUGAAAUUCCAAGAGGAACAGACGCUUGCUAUAGACCAAUCGGAAAUUUGGUGCGAAUUUUUGGAAAGCAAAGUAGAACAGGAGAAGGAUCCCGUUCGGUGCUGGAGUUGGAAGAUUAUGCUAGUAGAGGCAAAGAUGUUCAACAUCUACGCUCAUUACCGCCACGACCCAGAAGAAUGCGAGGCUAUGUGGGAUUCGCAGCUCCCCAUCUGCCGCGAAGUCAUCGCACUCGCGGAGUCGGUGUUACAAGAAGGAAGCCCGCUUACCGGUACUCUGCCGCCCCUUUUCGAAGACAAACUGCAACCGAUGCUGCGUUCCCUAACAUGCAAAUGCCGCAACUACAACAUUCGGUCGAGGGCGCUAGCUCUCUGUCAGAAGCUAUCUGGGCCCUGGUUUGAGAAUAAAGCGAUGGUUGUCGGCAUGAAGAUCCUGAUUGAGCUGGAAGAGCAGCAAAGAGACGCUUCUGGGUUCAUCCCCUACCGGUCAAGAUUAAGAUGGAGUAUAUCAUCGUGGAACGACGACCGGACAGAGCUACGGAUGGUGCUCACAGGAGUUGUUUUUACGGGCCAUCGGAAGGAGUUGACAAUCCGUAAAGACGAAAGUAUCGAUGACAUGAUUGCGAAUAUAUCUAAACAGGUAUCUAGCCAGUAACUAAAAGUACAAAGACUUAGUUAGGAGGAGCACCACUCGGAUCAAAGUCUAUGUUCUACGACGUACAUCGUGGGCUCCUCGGCUAAGCUAGAUAUAAUAAGAAAGAGAUAAUAAAGACUCAAC